CUAUAAAACCCGCGCCCGCACACGACCCGUUCCGCUCCGCCUACUCCACUCCACUCCACUCUCCGUUGCUCGCGCGGUUGGCGUUGCGUUUUUUCCCCUCGAAUCGCGGGGGGGAAUCCGCCGGUUGAUGCAGCAGAGGGGCCUCGCGCACAACCGCCGCUCCCGCGGCUUCUCCCGAUCCCGCCGCGCCGUCGAGGGCGCCUAAACCACACGCCUUUUUUUUUCCUUAAAAACGAAUAGAUCUCUCUCAAUUUCCUGAAACUUAUAAUAAUUUCAAAAACGCCCUAGACGAGGACGAGGAGACGAUCGAGAUGGACGCCGUCGCGGCGAAUGGGAUCGGGGAGGUGGAGAGGAAGGCGCAGCGGAGCUACUGGGAGGAGCACUCCAAGGACCUCACCGUCGAGGCCAUGAUGCUCGACUCCCGCGCCGCCGACCUCGACAAGGAGGAGCGCCCCGAGGUCCUGUCUGUACUCCCUUCUUACAAAGGGAAAUCAGUACUGGAGCUUGGUGCUGGAAUAGGACGCUUUACUGGGGAACUGGCAAAAGAAGCUGGCCAUGUUUUAGCCCUAGACUUCAUUGAAAGUGUGAUUAAGAAGAAUGAGAACAUAAAUGGGCAUCACAAGAACAUAACCUUUAUGUGCGCUGAUGUCACGUCUCCGGACCUGACGAUCGAAGAUAACUCUAUUGAUCUCAUAUUCUCAAACUGGCUACUAAUGUACCUUUCAGAUGAGGAGGUCGAGAAGCUAGUAGGAAGAAUGGUGAAAUGGCUGAAGGUAGGUGGCCAUAUAUUCUUUAGGGAGUCAUGCUUUCACCAAUCUGGAGAUUCCAAAAGGAAGGUGAAUCCAACACAUUACCGGGAGCCAAGGUUCUAUACAAAGAUAUUUAAAGAAUGCCAUUCCUAUGAUAAAGAUGGGGGUUCUUAUGAACUUUCUCUAGAAACAUGCAAGUGCAUUGGGGCUUAUGUGAAAAGCAAGAAAAAUCAAAAUCAGUUAUGUUGGCUAUGGGAAAAGGUUAAGUCAACAGAAGACAGAGGAUUCCAAAGAUUCCUGGACAAUGUGCAGUACAAAACCACUGGAAUCUUACGCUAUGAGCGUGUCUUCGGAGAGGGUUAUGUCAGCACUGGUGGAAUUGAAACCACAAAGGAAUUUGUGGAUAAGCUGGAUCUUAAACCUGGACAGAAAGUGCUUGAUGUUGGGUGCGGAAUUGGAGGCGGCGACUUCUAUAUGGCUGAAAACUACGAUGCCCAUGUUCUUGGUAUUGAUCUUUCAAUCAACAUGGUUUCAUUUGCAAUCGAACGUGCCAUUGGACGCAAGUGUUCGGUUGAGUUUGAAGUAGCUGAUUGCACCACAAAGACCUACGCACCAAAUACAUUUGAUGUGAUCUACAGCCGUGACACCAUUCUUCACAUACAUGAUAAACCUGCUUUGUUCAGAAGUUUCUUCAAGUGGCUGAAACCUGGGGGCAAAGUCCUCAUCAGUGAUUACUGUAGGAAUCCUGGGAAACCAUCAGAAGAAUUUGCUGCUUACAUUAAGCAGAGAGGCUAUGACCUCCACGAUGUGAAGACUUACGGAAAGAUGCUUGAGGAUGCUGGUUUCCAUCAUGUCAUUGCUGAAGACCGCACGGACCAGUUCCUGCGUGUUCUUCAAAGGGAGCUUGCUGAAGUUGAGAAGAACAAAGAAGCCUUCAUGGCAGACUUCACCCAGGAGGACUACGAUGACAUUGUGAACGGCUGGAACGCGAAGCUGAAGCGGAGCUCUGCCGGUGAGCAGAGGUGGGGGCUGUUCAUUGCAACCAAAUGAUUCAGAAGCAGAGAGGGUUCAGAAUAAAACGGGUGCUGCUGUUGUUGGCUGUGUUAACUAGUACUCCUACUAGAUCUGUUGUUGCAGAUUUAUUUGUGCGCCCCAAUUGGUAGUUUGUUUGUGUGUGAUGUAGUAUUCCAGUUUUAGAGGACGGCCAAUGUUCCAUGUGACGUGAUGUACGUUAAACUCAGUCUGUUUAAAGUAUGUAUUAUCGUGCGUAUUUGGUAUGGAACUGUGUUAUUGUUUGCAGAUAAAUAAACACAGAUGUGUUCCUCUUUUGCACA